AUGAGAGUGACCAACACCGUUAGAUACAUAUUCCGCCUUACCACCUUGGCCAGGCGUCCAGAACGUUCCGUCUGGAAGGGUAAAGGGAUCGACGAUACAACCCCGAUCGAAGUCACUGUGCAUUGCCACGAAGAUGACUCCCAAUCAACCGGCUCCGAGAUGGCGGUGAACGCAAGCGAGCUGGACCUGCAUCAUGGCGGCAGGAGCAGCAGCAGUAGCAGCAGUAGCAGCAGCCGCUACCGAUCUCAAUUGGUACGGGCCGUAAGCUGGGCCAGUGUCGUCUGCGACAGAUGCCGGUGGACAGCAGAGCAGGAGCGGGAAUUGGCUAUUGCACAGAGUGAACUGGGGAGGUGUCAGAAAGCGUGGAGUUCGGAGCAGGAGUUGUGGCUAGCCUGUGUCGAAGCCCUACAGGAAGAGAAAGAAGCCCAUGAAGAAUUCCUCUCUCAUCGAGCGAAACAGCAGGAUGACGAGCAACAACAUUUCCGAAAGGCUUGGAAGAGGCGGAGAUCCUCUGAAGACCAACAUCCUAUAGACGCUUAUGCCAAUCCCCAUAAAGCCAACAGCAAGAUGCGACGCUUACGGAAACGCAAUACUGGUGGUUUCUACUGA